AUGGAUUUGAGAACAACUUUCUCAUGUGUUCUGCUUCUGGUGACACUGCUGCCUCUUUCAGCAAACACGUCGAGCGAGAUCUACAUCGUGUACAUGGGGGAGAAGAAACAUGAUGAUCCGUCAAUGGUUACCGCGUCGCACCAUGACAUACUAACAUCUGUCUUUGGGAGCAAGAAUGAAGCCCUGAACUCGGUGGUUUACAGUUAUAAGCACGGAUUUUCUGGAUUUGCGGCAAGGCUCACUGAAUCUCAAGCAGAGGCACUUGCAAAAUUCCCUGAAGUUUUCAGUGUGAAGCCGAACACUUAUCACGAAGCGCACACAACUCAGAGCUGGGACUUCCUUGGCCUUGACUAUGACGUCCAACAAUCACAACAACAGGGCCUUCUGCAAAAAGCAAACUACGGCGAAGAUGUCAUCAUCGGGGUGAUUGAUUCAGGUAUAUGGCCUGAAUCCCUGAGCUUUGACGACUCCGGGUACAGCCCGGUGCCGGCGCGGUGGAAAGGCAUAUGCCAGGCAGGACAGGCGUGGGAUGCCACGAGUUGCAACAAGAAGAUCAUCGGCGCCCGGUGGUAUAGCAGCGGCGUCAGUGAUGAGGUGCUCAAGGCGAACUACAUGUCACCUAGGGACCUCAGUGGCCAUGGCACACAUGUCGCCUCGACGAUUGCGGGUGGGCAAGUGUGGAACGUGAGCUACAAAGGGAGCGGCCUUGGCGCCGGAGUGGCACGAGGCGGGGCGCCACGAUCUAGACUGGGCGUCUACAAGGUGUGUUGGGUGGGCGGGAGCUGCCCCGUGUCGGAUAUUCUUGCAGCCAUCGAUGAUGCCAUAGAAGAUGGAGUGGACAUCUUGUCCCUUUCACUAGGAGCCGGUGCCGGCGAUGAGAUCUUCGGAACGCUGCAUGCUGUGUUGAGAGGCAUCUCCGUCGUAUUUUCCGGCGGAAACGAUGGCCCACUGCCUUCUACAGUGUCGAAUGCUGUGCCGUGGGUCACGACAGUGGCUGCUAGCACCAUUGACCGGUCUUUUCCGACUUUAAUGACACUUGGGAACAAUGAAAACCUGGUGGGGCAAUCUCUUCACUACAACGCAACUGUGAUCAGCGGAGACUUUAAGGCCCUUGUUUAUGUCAGGAGAUGCGACGCGCAGACACUGGCAUCCAGGAACGUCACCGGUAAAGUCGUACUUUGCUACGCACCGCGGGCGGCGCCCGUGACGCCACCUCGGGUAGGACUUCGGGACGCCAUCAACUUCACGGUGGAGGCUGGCGCGGAGGGCCUCAUCUUCGCGCAGAACGCUGCCAACAGCCUCACCGGCCUGGCAGUGUGCGAGGGCAUUAUGCCUUGCGUGGUGGUGGAUUUCGAGAUCGCGCACAGAAUCACUUCCUAUUGGGAUAUCACAGAGAAUCCGGUGGUGAAGGUGUCGCCUACCGUGAGCGUUGUCGGGGAGGGGGUGCUAGCGCCGAGGGUCGCCCAUUUCUCAUCGAGAGGCCCCAACACACCGUUUCCCGCCAUACUCAAGCCUGAUGUAGCUGCACCAGGAGUCAGCAUCUUGGCGGCGGUGGGUGGCUCCUAUGUGUUAUUCUCCGGAACAUCCAUGGCAUGUCCUCAUGUCUCAGCUGUCACUGCGCUGCGAGGACGCGCCUCUGUCACUGCGCUGCUCAAGGCCGUUCACAGCGACUGGUCACCUGCCAUGAUCAAGUCUGCUAUAGUCACCACAGCUUCUGUGACCGAUCUUUUCGGCAUGCUAAUCCGAGCUGAGGGGAUCUACUCUACCGGGAUCCCACGAAAACAAGCUGACCCCUUUGACUUUGGUGGUGGCCACAUCAACCCUGACAGGGCCAUCGACCCUGGCUUGGUUUAUGAUGUGGAUGCGAGAGAGUACAAUAAGUUCUUCAACUGCACUAUGGGAUUGCUUGGUGACUGCGAAUCCUACCAAUUAAAUCUAAACCUCCCGUCGAUCGCCGUACCAGACCUCAAGGACAGUGUCACAGUCAUGCGCACUGUCACAAACGUUGGCCCAACGGAAGCAACUUACCAAGCGGUUGUUGAUGCUCCCGAAGGGGUAACCAUGUCGGUGGAGCCAUCCGUGAUCACUUUCACCGAAGGUGGGAGUAGCAAAAGUGCGACAUUUAGCGUCAUUCUCAAGACGAAGCAGAGAGUGCAAGGUGCGUACACUUUUGGUAGCCUGACGUGGUCCGAUGGAAGUACCCACUUGGUGAGGAUUCCAAUUGCCGUACGGAUUGUGACACAAGAUUUUGUUGCAGAUACAUCAUAA